AUGGCCCACGUUGUCGCCGUUCUUGAUGGCAAAGAUUUGGCCCGAGACUCGAUGACAUGUCAAAUGAAGUACCGCACGAGGCGUGCUGAAACCAGACGCGAUAGGUGGAUGAUGGGUGGGCGAUGGCAUGUGGACGUCUUGGUCAUCCCGGCCAGCGUAAAACAGGCCGUGCCCUCUCUUGCUCGAGCCCAGGCAUACCUGCUCCCCGCUUGUUCGCUAUCCUACCUAGCUAGUGCUCUCAAGUCCAACAUCGGCAUGGCCCAGUCUGCGCAACCAGAGUCCGUCGACGAGCGGCUCAAAGGCCGUUUGAACAUGCCCAAGCCUGUGCCGGCCUUUCUCCCGACGGUCGGCUCCCCGUUGACCGUGGACAAGCAGGCAUACGACGAGAUCCAGCAAGCGCCGCGAGUGCUGGUCGACGAGUUCACGCUACCCAUUCGGUCCGGCAAGGCGUGGGAGGCACCGGCCGGAUCCAUCAUUCGAAUAAGCACACCGGACGGCCCCCAGGUUGGCGACCUCAACCUCUGGAACCGACACAAUCCGCGUGAGCGUUUCUGGGCCUCCCGCACGCGCCAGCUGCAUGCCUCGCACCUCGGCACCUACGACCGGCUCUGGUCCUCGCUGCCGUACAUGCGGCCGCUCGCGACCAUUGUUCACGACAGCCUAGCCUGGUACGGUGCCGAUCAGCACGGCGCCCGCGUGCACGACCUGCUCGGCACGCGAUGUGACCCCUACAUCAAGGCCGUCCUGACGUCGGGGGCCCAGUACGACUUCCACUGCCACUCGAACCUGGUCCGUGCCGUCGCCGAGUUUGGCCUCGCCGAGCGCGACGUUCACGACGUCAUCAACCUCUUUCAAGCCACGGGGCUCGACGACGAGGGCAGGUAUUUCAUGAACCCGUGUCCGGCCCAGCGUGGGGAUAACAUCGAGUUGCUCGCCGAGCAGGAUCUUCUCCUGGCCCUAAGUGCGUACUUUUCUCCCCGUGCCUCGGUCGCCCGUGUCGUCAAUGUCUCGCUCGGCUAA